AUGUCAUCUUCAACCUCGAGAGGCAAGCAACGUCUGGACAUCAUUAUGAAUCAACUGGGCCCGGUGCCUGACGCGAAGAAAGUGAUUCUGCAACGGGGCCCGUCCGAUGUAGUGAUCACCGUUGCGACGCGAACUCCCCUCACGAAAGCCAGAAAAGGGGGCCUGAAAGACACACCGCUCGAGGAGCUGCUCAUCGCAGUCCUCUCCGCAGUGCGCGAAAAGAGCGGCAUCGAUCCAGCCUUGGUGCAAGAUAUCUGUGUAGGGAAUGUCCUGGCAUCGGACCAGGCGUAUCUAGCUCGCGCCGCCGUUUUGACUGCCGGAUUCCCUGCGACGACCGCAUCGUCGGUAUGCAACCGCUUCUGCUCUUCAGGUCUGCUGGCUAUUCAAUCCAUCGCUGGCCAAAUCAUGACUGGCGCCAUCGAAGUUGGCAUCGCCGUCGGCGCCGAGAGCAUGUCGACCACACCGGACAACGGCGCUCCGGCCAUGAACGAAAAGAUCACCUCCCACCCGCUGGCAGGCCAAACCCAACAGCCAAUGGGCCAGACGAGUGAGAAUGUAGCCGGUCAAUUCAACAUCUCCCGUGCAAAAAUGGAUCAAUACGCCGCAGAAAGCUUUCAAUUCGCUGAGAAGGCCCAGAAAGGAGGAUGGUCCACCGAUGAAAUCACGCCCGUCGCUGUGUCCUUCAAGAAUCCUAAGACGGGUACUGUUGAAAGCCGUGUCAUCACCGCCGACGAUGGUAUCCGUUCCGGCACGACGGUGGAAUCCCUGGCCAAGAUCCGAAGUGCUUUUCCCCAGUGGGCCCCAAGCCACACGACCGGUGGUAACGCUAGCCAGAUCACGGACGGCGCUGCUGGCGUGCUACUGAUGAAGCGCUCCAAGGCGGAAGAAUUAGGCCUUCCAAUCCUGGGACGCUUUGUCGGCGCCACCGUCGUCGGUUUGGAGCCGCGCAUCAUGGGCAUUGGCCCCAGCAUCGCCAUCCCCAAAAUCCUGGACCGAUUCCAGCUAAGCACCUCAGAUAUCGACUUGUUUGAGAUCAACGAGGCAUUUUCAUCCAUGGCUGUCUAUUGCGUGGAAAAGCUCCAUCUUGAACGAAGCAAAGUCAAUCCGAGAGGUGGCGCCAUAGCAUUGGGGCAUCCUCUCGGCUGCACAGGGGUCAGACAGGUGGUGACGGCACUGUCCGAGUUGAAAAGGCAGGGCAGACCACUUGCAGUCACUUCGAUGUGUGUCGGCACGGGCAUGGGAAUGGCUGGCAUUAUUACUUCGGAGCAAUAA